AUGUCCUUACCCUCCAGCAAAGCACCUCCGGCCCAGCUCUCCAUCCGCUCGUUUUUCCAGGCAAAAAGCCCCAAAUACGCCCCUCCUCCACCCUCGUCUCGCGACACUCCCGCCAGCAGCAGCAGACCUCCUCUUCCGCCUCCUCCGUCCGCCUCGCCCCCUGCCGCUCCGGCCCCGGGUCCUCCUCCGCAGCACCAAUCGCCCGCCGCCGCCGCCGCUGCUCCGCCGCAACCCUGCGUCGAUGCGCCGCUUCCGCCCCCCCCCGCCAACCUGCCCCGCGAAGCCUGCGUCCGGCUCAUGUCCGACGCCGACGCCGUCGCCCUGCGUCGCAUCAACGCCCUCUUGCUGCCCGUCAGCUACCCCGACUCCUUCUACCAGCGCGCCGUCUGCCCCUCCGAAUCCGGCCGCUUCUCCCGCGUCAUCACCUGGGCCCACGACGCCGACGAGCCCAAGGUUGUCGGCGGCGUCGUCUGCCGCGUCGAGCCUGCCGGCGACUCCGCGCCCGCCGCGCCGCACAACCUCUACAUCCAGUCCCUAUGCCUACUCUCGCCCUAUCGCGGUAUGGGCUUGAUCAGCGCAGCCCUCGAAAACGUCAUUGCGACUGCCGUGUCCGACCCCAAUCUCGACGUGAGGACCGUCACCGCCCAUGUGUGGACGGAAAACGACGAGGGCCUGCACUGGUACAAUGGCCGGGGCUUCAAGCGCCAGGAGCUUCCCAUCCCGGGCUACUAUCUGAAGCUGCGCCCGGAUUCGGCCUGGCUGGUCCAGCGCUUGGUCGGCGCCUCGGUGCGAGGCUCGCUGCCCUUGCCGCCCUCGGCCUCGCCAGCACCACCCCGCCCAGCAUUAGGCACCACGGCAGCCGUCAUGAACCUGGAAUCUGCGUCAACGUCCCCGGGAGGUCCGCCGCCAUCUAAGAGCGGCACCAGCACCCCUUCGCUGGCUUCCUCGAUGGGGCAAUCGUUCCAGAACCAACGACCCGACACCGAGUGGAACGAUCUCCCGACGGACAUGGCCCCGGGUCUUCUCGCGCCGCCACGCAGGAUCGACAGCGAGCCUACAUCUGGCGCCAGCUCAAGAAGCAGCUCAACGGCGCGCAAGAAGAGAGACCGGUCAUACCCUGCUGCGGCGUUUGGCAACUAA